GUAAAGUGUGGCAUAUCUGUAAUGGUGUACGGUCCCAGUAAUUCCCUAGGCUCCAGGGCUGAGGGCAGCCCAGCUGUCGCUCCCACAAACAGGUGGUGUAAAACAAUAGCUCUAGUGAGCCGACUCGCUUUCCAAACCCUCUAGCAGACAAGCACCCAGCCAGAGUGCCAGUGAGAAGCACAGGCCACCACUCUGCCCGGGUUCACACCAGCUCCGGUAGCCCAUGGAGCCCUGGCCUCUCUUCCUGCUCUUUAGCCUUUGCUCAGCUGGCCUCGUCCUGGGCUCCGAACAUGAGACCCGUCUGGUGGCAAAGCUAUUUAAAGACUACAGCAGCGUGGUGCGGCCAGUGGAAGACCACCACCAGGUCGUGGAGGUCACCGUGGGCCUGCAGCUGAUACAGCUCAUCAAUGUGGAUGAAGUAAAUCAGAUCGUGACAACCAAUGUGCGUCUGAAACAGCAAUGGGUAGAUUACAACCUAAAAUGGAAUCCAGAUGACUAUGGCGGUGUGAAAAAAAUUCACAUUCCUUCAGAAAAGAUCUGGCGCCCAGACCUUGUUCUCUAUAACAAUGCAGAUGGUGACUUUGCUAUUGUCAAGUUCACCAAAGUGCUCCUGGACUACACUGGCCACAUCACAUGGACACCUCCAGCCAUCUUUAAAAGCUACUGUGAGAUCAUCGUCACCCACUUUCCCUUUGAUGAACAGAACUGCAGCAUGAAGCUGGGCACCUGGACCUAUGACGGCUCUGUCGUGGCCAUCAACCCGGAAAGCGACCAGCCAGACCUGAGCAACUUCAUGGAGAGCGGGGAGUGGGUGAUCAAGGAGUCCCGGGGCUGGAAGCACUGGGUGUUCUAUUCCUGCUGCCCCGACACCCCCUACCUGGACAUCACCUACCACUUCGUCAUGCAGCGCCUGCCCCUCUACUUCAUCGUCAACGUCAUCAUCCCCUGCCUGCUCUUCUCCUUCUUAACUGGCCUGGUGUUCUACCUGCCCACAGACUCAGGGGAGAAGAUGACUCUGAGCAUCUCUGUCUUACUGUCUUUGACUGUGUUCCUUCUGGUCAUCGUGGAGCUGAUCCCCUCCACGUCCAGUGCUGUGCCCUUGAUUGGAAAAUACAUGCUCUUCACCAUGGUGUUCGUCAUUGCCUCCAUCAUCAUCACUGUCAUCGUCAUCAACACACACCACCGCUCACCCAGCACCCACGUCAUGCCCGACUGGGUGCGGAAGGUUUUUAUCGACACUAUCCCAAAUAUCAUGUUUUUCUCCACAAUGAAAAGACCAUCCAGAGAAAAGCAAGACAAAAAGAUUUUUACAGAAGACAUUGAUAUCUCUGACAUUUCUGGAAAGCCCGGGCCUCCACCCAUGGGCUUCCACUCUCCCCUGAUCAAACACCCCGAGGUGAAAAGUGCCAUCGAGGGCAUCAAGUACAUCGCAGAGACCAUGAAGUCAGACCAGGAGUCUAAUAACGCGGCGGAGGAGUGGAAGUACGUUGCAAUGGUGAUGGACCACAUACUCCUCGGAGUCUUCAUGCUCGUCUGCAUCAUCGGAACCCUAGCUGUGUUUGCAGGUCGACUCAUUGAAUUAAAUCAGCAAGGAUGAGCAGCAAGUGAGCUGAGCCUAGCUCUGCCCCAGAAUCUACCAGAGCAGAGAAGGGCAGGAGAGGAAGAUUUGUCUACUUGCUACACCCGCACUUAUCAACCGUAUUAUAUUCCAUACUUAUUAUUGAUGAUAAGAUUUACCUUUAUGUAAGUUUAUGGCCUUGAAGUGUUUUCAUGUUGCUUCUCCCUUUAGUUCUGCUAUCUCCCUGAAGAGUGAACCCUCUUUAGUAAAUGAAACUAAUCACUAAAAAAAUUGUUCAUUUCCAGUGUCUGGAAGAGUUUUUCCCAGGAUAACCGAGGUUUUCUGUUGCACUGUCAUUGCUGUUAUAUUUAUAUGUUUACUUAUUUUGUCUAACCACGAGACCACUAGGGAGUUGCUGAUGUUCUUUUUUAAAUGAAGUGUAUUUUUUGCUUAAGAGUCAGUUUUGUACCUAUUAAGAAAACUCCAUCUACCAGUCCUAAAGGGAUAAGGCAUUUGAUUUGGAGAGAGAGGAAGCAGUAGAAAUGAAAUAAACUAAAAUGCAAACUGCUUCAAAAA